AUGGUUGCAGAAGUUAGUAGAUUAGAGGCUGAGACAUUUCAGAUUCCAGAUCAAGUUGAGAAAAAUGCUACAGAGAGUGAAUGUUCAAUGGUGGUGGAAGACACUCAAAUCAAGCAGGAUGUACUAAAGAGGGAAGAAAUAAAGGAAUGUAAGAAGGAGCGACUAAAGAUUGUGAUACCCCCUCUUUUUCCUGGAAGGUUGAGAGGACCGAUUAAAGAAGAGGUUAAGCUAGAUAAUGUGGAGAUUCCUUCUGAAGAGAAUGUUCUAGUAGACACCACACAGGCGCAUGAUGAAGAAAGUGUUGAAGAUGCAGAGGCAGAAGAAGCAAUGAAAAAGGCUUUGGAAAAUAUUGAUAAGGAAAGUGUUGUUGCUAUGUAUACUUGUCCUACUUAUGCAAUGUUUUCAUCUCUUUUAGAGAGGUUGUUGGAGCCAAAGGAGGAAGAGAAUGAGAAAGAAGCCUUAGAGAGCUCUCUCAAAGGUUCAACUUGGUGA